AUGUUAAGAACAAAAAAUGGUCCGUGGAUUAAUAGUUUCUUUGGAAAUAACUGGAUGAUGUUGUCUUCAUGUAAAAGAUUUAUUUCAGUAGCAAAUAGCAAAUUUACCGAGAAUAAAGUAGGAAUAAAUUCAAAACCAAUUUCCUCAAACUAUGACAACAAAAAAUUAAAGAAGAGCCAUGAUAAGGUUGAUAUAAACAGUAUUCAAGGUACUUUAGAUUAUGGAGAUGAUGGAUUAUACGUUUUUAGCUGUUUAUGUAACAUUUGUAAUAGCAAAAUAACAAAGAAAUUUAGUAAGAAGGCUUAUAAUGAAGGAAUUGUUAUAAUUAGAUGUGAUAAUUGCAAGAAUCAUCACUUAGUAUCCGACAAACUUGGAUGGUUUGGAGAUGAAAGAGAAACUUUUGAUGUAUUUAAACUUCUAAAUAACAAAGAAAUUUCUAUUAAUUAG